AUGGCGCUCACCAAAAACGACGAUUCCCAAGCUGAAGAAGAUGCACGCCAGACAGCAACAAGUCUCCUAUCCAGCGCAUCCUCUUAUGCGCAUCGCGCCCUCGACUCCAUCAUCCCUUCCUCAUCUCGCCAAAGCGCUUACGACAGAACCUCCUCAUUUGCUUCCAGCCAGCCCAUACUCUUCUCAUUCAUCGCCUUUCAAAUCCUCUUCUCGCUGCUCCCUAUCCUCCUUUUCCUCUCCUUUGCCCUCUCCACCUUCUUUCUUACUCUUGGUGCUGCCGUCAUCUUUACGCUCUUCUGGGUUGGUGUCGCAAGUCUCUUCUUAAUUCCUACGCUAUUCAUCACAUCGUCUCUUGCGGUGCUGUGCUGGGGAUCUUCGUUAGGGAGUUUUAUCGUCGCUAGAUGGUUGUAUCACCAUGCGCCUGCGAGUGUUUUCUCAGGCAGCAGUGAUACGUCGUCAACAGGAACUGAAGUCACGUCUGAUGGAGCAUGGAAAGAUGUCCAAGUCAAGCAAUUUGACGAUGUCAAGAGCUUGGAGUGA